GGGAUCAGGAAAUUGGGCCUGAGCACUGGUAGCAGCUUCACCUGGAGUCCUGGAGCCACCGGGGCCUCCUGGCCCACAACUGUCCUUCUGGCCGACCUUGAGCAGGAUGCGAGGCAGGGGGAGUGUGCCCUUCCCAGGGCCGUCCCGGCAGGCCUGGCCCCAGUGAAACCCGAAGCCAGCCGGAGCUCCAGCCCUGGGCCGACCAGCUGCAUGGGGGCAAGGGUAGUAGCAGAGACCAGACCAGGGGACACAGGCUUUGCCGGGCCUGAACUGGAGAGCUGGCUGCCUCGCUGCCAUGGCGGUCCUGAGACUCCAGAGCCCAGGAGAGGGCAGCCGCCGACUGCACCAGAGCUGCCGUCAGUCAUGCUGUUGAAUGGGGACUGUCCAGAGAGCCUGAAGAGGGAAGAGGGGGCCACUGAACCACCCCGGGAAAAUGGGCUGGAUGAGGCCGAGCCGGGAGAGGAGACCACUGGACAGGAAGUCAUUGUCAUUCAGGACACAGGCUUUUCUGUGAAGAUCCUGGCCCCUGGGAUUGAGCCUUUCUCCCUGCAGGUGUCCCCCCAGGAGAUGGUACAGGAAAUCCACCAGGUACUCAUGGAUCGUGAAGACACAUGUCACCGCACCUGCUUCUCACUGCACCUGGAUGGCAACAUGCUGGACCACUUCUCAGAGCUGCGCAGUGUGGAGGGGCUGCAGGAGGGCUCUGUGCUACGUGUGGUAGAAGAGCCAUACACGGUGCGUGAGGCCCGCAUCCACGUGCGCCAUGUCCGAGACCUGCUCAAGAGCCUGGACCCAUCCGAUGCCUUCAACGGGGUUGACUGCAACUCCUUGUCCUUCUUGAGUGUCUUUACCGAUGGCGACCUGGGAGACAGCGGGAAGCGGAAGAAGGGCUUGGAGAUGGACCCCAUCGACUGUACGCCACCCGAGUACAUCCUUCCAGGGAGCCGGGAGCGGCCGUUGUGUCCCCUGCAGCCCCAGAACCGUGACUGGAAGCCACUGCAGUGCCUGAAAGUGCUCACCAUGAGCGGCUGGAACCCCCCCCCUGGGAACCGUAAGAUGCAUGGGGACCUCAUGUACCUGUUUGUGAUCACGGCCGAGGACCGGCAAGUCAGCAUCACAGCGUCCACACGGGGCUUUUACCUGAACCAGUCCACAGCGUACCACUUCAACCCCAAGCCUGCCAGCCCUCGCUUCCUCAGCCAUUCCCUGGUGGAGCUGCUCAACCAGAUCAGCCCGACCUUCAAAAAAAACUUUGCCGUGCUGCAGAAGAAAAGGGUCCAGCGCCACCCGUUCGAGAGGAUCGCCACGCCGUUCCAGGUGUACAGCUGGACGGCCCCCCAGGCAGAGCAUGCCAUGGACUGCGUGCGCGCGGAGGAUGCCUACACCUCGAGGCUGGGCUACGAGGAGCACAUUCCCGGACAGACCCGGGACUGGAAUGAGGAGCUGCAGACAACAAGGGAACUGCCCCGCAAGAACCUGCCCGAGCGGCUGCUGCGAGAGAGAGCCAUAUUCAAGGUGCACAGUGACUUUACUGCAGCAGCCACGCGCGGUGCCAUGGCGGUCAUCGAUGGCAACGUGAUGGCCAUCAACCCCAGUGAGGAGACGAAGAUGCAAAUGUUCAUCUGGAACAACAUCUUCUUCAGCCUGGGCUUUGAUGUCCGUGACCACUACAAGGACUUUGGCGGGGACGUGGCGGCCUACGUGGCACCCACCAACGACCUGAACGGCGUGCGCACAUAUAACGCAGUGGACGUGGAGGGGCUCUACACGCUGGGCACGGUGGUGGUGGAUUACCGUGGCUACCGUGUUACGGCCCAGUCCAUCAUCCCCGGCAUCCUGGAGCGGGACCAGGAGCAAAGCGUCAUCUAUGGCUCCAUUGACUUUGGCAAGACAGUGGUGUCGCACCCGCGAUACCUGGAGCUGCUGGAACGCACGAGCCGGCCCCUCAAGAUCCUGCGGCACCGGGUGCUCAACGACCGCGACGAGGAAGUGGAGCUCUGCUCCUCCGUGGAGUGCAAGGGCAUCAUCGGCAACGAUGGGCGCCACUACAUCCUCGACCUGUUGCGCACCUUUCCCCCUGACCUCAACUUCCUGCCCGUGCCUGGUGAGGGGCUGCCUGAGGAGUGCACCCGUGCUGGCUUCCCCCGUGCCCACCGGCACAAGCUCUGCUGCCUGCGCCAGGAGCUGGUGGAUGCCUUCGUGGAGCACAGGUACCUCCUCUUCAUGAAGCUGGCUGCCCUGCAGCUGAUGCAGCAGAAAGCCAGCAAAUUGGAGAGUCCCACCUCGCUGGAAAACGGCGGUCUUCCCUCUCCGGAGUCCAAGCCUAAAGACCCUCCGGGACCGGAGGCGGGAAGUGAGGAGGAGGGCAGCAGUGCUAGUGGCCUGGCCAAGGUGAAGGAACUGGCGGAGACCAUCGCCUCGGACGACGGGACAGCAGACCCUCGGAGCCGGGAGGUGAUCCGCAACGCGUGCAAGGCAGUCGGCUCCAUCAGCAGCACGGCCUUCGACGUUCGCUUCAACCCUGACAUUUUCUCGCCAGGGGUUCGCUUCCCCGAGUCCUGCCAGGAGGAAGUUCGGGACCAGAAGCAGCUGCUGAAAGAUGCUGCUGCCUUCCUGCUCUCCUGCCAGAUCCCCGGCUUGGUGAAGGACUGUGCAGACCAUGCGGUGCUGCCCAUGGACGGGGCCACACUGGCUGAGGUGAUGCGCCAGCGUGGCAUCAACAUGCGCUACCUGGGCAAGGUGCUGGACCUGGUGCUCCGGAGCCCGGCUCGAGACCAGCUGGACCACAUCUAUAAAAUUGGCAUUGGAGAGCUCAUCACCCGCUCUGCCAAGCACAUCUUCAAGACAUACUUACAGGGAGUUGAGCUCUCAGGCCUCUCGGCUGCCAUCAGCCACUUCCUAAACUGCUUCCUGAGCUCUUACCCCAACCCCGUGGCCCACCUGCCCGCCGACGAGCUGGUCUCCAAGAAGAGGAACAGGAGGAGGAGAAACCGGCCCCCAGGGGCGGCAGAUAACACGGCCUGGGCUGUCAUGACCCCCCAGGAGCUUUGGAAAAACAUCUGCCAGGAGGCCAAGAACUACUUCGACUUCAGCCUCGAGUGUGAGACUGUGGACCAGGCUGUGGAGACAUACGGCCUGCAGAAGAUAACGCUGCUACGGGAGAUCUCCCUGAAAACCGGAAUCCAGAUCCUGCUGAAGGAGUACAGCUUCGACAGCCGCCACAAACCCGCAUUCACCGAGGAGGAUGUGCUCAACAUCUUCCCUGUGGUCAAGCACGUCAACCCGAAGGCCUCAGACGCCUUCCACUUCUUCCAGAGCGGGCAGGCCAAAGUACAGCAGGGCUUCCUGAAGGAGGGCUGCGAGCUCAUCAAUGAGGCCCUGAACCUGUUUAACAACGUGUACGGAGCCAUGCAUGUGGAGAUCUGCGCCUGCUUGCGCCUCCUGGCCCGUCUCCACUAUAUUAUGGGUGACUACGCCGAGGCCCUGAGUAACCAACAGAAGGCAGUGCUCAUGAGCGAGCGAGUGAUGGGCAUUGAGCACCCCAACACCAUCCAGGAAUAUAUGCACCUGGCCCUGUACUGCUUUGCCAGCAGCCAGCUGUCCACGGCCCUGAACUUGCUGUACCGCGCCCGCUACCUCACACUGCUCGUGUUCGGGGAAGACCACCCGGAGAUGGCACUGCUGGACAACAACAUCGGGCUGGUGCUGCACGGAGUGAUGGAGUGUGACCUGUCGCUGCGCUUCCUGGAGAAUGCGCUGGCCGUCAGCACCAAGUACCACGGGCCCAAAUCCCUCAAGGUGGCCCUCAGCCACCACCUUGUCGCCCGGGUCUAUGAGAGCAAAGCCGAGUUCCGGUCAGCCCUGCAGCAUGAGAAGGAAGGCUACACCAUCUACAAGACCCAGCUGGGUGAGGACCACGAGAAGACCAAGGAGAGCUCCGAGUACCUCAAGUGCCUGACCCAGCAGGCCGUGGCCCUGCAGCGCACCAUGAACGAGAUCUACCGCAACGGCUCCACUGCCAACAUCCCGCCCCUCAAGUUCACAGCCCCCAGCAUGGCCAGUGUCUUGGAACAGCUCAAUGUCAUCAACGGCAUCCUCUUCAUUCCUCUCAGCCAAAAAGACUUGGAGAAUCUGAAAGCCGAGGUGGCGCGGCGGCACCAGCUCCAGGAGGCCAGCAAAAACAGGGAUAAAGCUGAGGAGCCCAUGGCCACCGAGCCUGAGCCAGCGGGGGCCCCAGAGGACGUGGCCUCCCAGCCCCAGGCUGCCAAGGACCCUUCUUCCUCAAGCUUUCAGGGGUAGAGAGGGAGAGACAGACGGACAGUCAGCUGCCCCGUUACCCAGUGAUCCAGACUCCAGGAGAAGGGGGGCAUGCCCUGCAGAUCAGGAGAGGAAACAAGUCCCUCUUCCACGUUUCCGACCCCAGCCCCACCCCCAGCAUCCUCCUGGGACCCCGGCCUGGCCUGCCUGUCCCCCGAAAGAUGUUUUUGCACUGGUUCAAUGAAUAUACAAUGCAGAGGCCUAAUUGAAGACAUGUGAAUGGAGUGUGUGGGCAUCAGUUCCCAGCUGGGGGGCAGGUGUCCCCUCAGGCCCCCCAUCCUCGAGCAGUGCGUGCGAGUGUGUCCGUGCCCAUGAAUGUCUCGGCCCGUCCUUCCUAACUUGUACAUAGCCCCGAGUCAGUUCUGAGUGGGUGACGUGCAGAUGAGAUUUCUCAGGUCAUUUGUAUGUUUGACAUUAUGGUUGCUGCUUUUGCUGCCACUACCCCUGGGUCCAACCUGGCUUAGAGUCCAGGUUUGAAGCCGAAAAGAGGGGAGCUUUCCUGUGUCCUGGGAUGGGGAGCCAGAGCUCCGUGGCAGGGCUGGAGGGUUGGGGUGCACUUUAGCUUUGUGGCAAGGUGGGAGCUGCAGCAGCGGCUUUACUGAUCCGGAUGGGCCUGGCCUGGCUGUGCUGAGGGUGGGGGAAAGGGGUGGGUGGCCGCGGUGGUUCCCCAGACAGCCGUGUGCCCAGCAGUGGCCUGUCUGCCCUUGGGCCUCAGCAGGAGGCGCUGCCUCCCCACCCCCUGCACCCCAGUUGGGGUUCACCUUGGGGGCUACAGUCUGAAUGUAUCCUUCUCCCCAUUUAACCUGAGCUGCCUAACGCACAGUGGGGGUGGGGAGAGUGAGGGGUAGGGGAACCAGGGCUGAAUCAUGGAUCCUGGGGGGAUGUUACCAGAUACAGGAGUGAUUGUCACUGUUUGUGGAGCCCAGCUCCCUACCUGGUCCUUGCUACACAAGCACCUUCUAUAGGGAGUAGCUCUGGGAGUGGCAGGGUGGGGGCUGCGUGGAAGGUGAUGGCCCCCACAGGCCCCAGCUACUCCCUCUCUUGCCUGCCUGUGCUGCUUCUCUGUGCCUGCUGUUGGAGCCCCAACGGGUAGGGGGAGAUCGCCACCCUUGUGAGCUUGAGGGAGCUGUUCCCAGGAACGGGCCUCUGCCUGGGGGCUUUGCGGAGAGCUGCUUAUGGGUAUGGUCUGUCCAAAUACCUUGUUUCAAAGGGAGUGGGUGUGAGCUAGCAAGCAAUGCAUCCCCACAGCUGAUCAAGAACUUUUUCUUGUUUUUAAACCAUCACGUCUUCAUUUCACAUUGGAAUAAAGUGAGUUUUUGAAACCUGCUG